AUGUCAGCUGCCGGUUCCAUGCUCGCCGUCGUUUUCAACGGCCCCAAGAACAUUUCUGUCGAACAACGGCCAAUUCCUACCAUCCAACAUGAGGAGGAUAUAAUCGUCAAAGUGCAGAUGACGGCGUUGUGUGGCUCGGAGCUGCAUGUCUUCCGCGGCCACCAGCCGUCUGAUACCGGAUUCAUCAUGGGCCACGAGUUUACUGGCACAGUUGUGGAAAAGGGUCCUGGAGUAUCUUCCCUCGAAAUUGGUGACCGGGUGGUGACUCCUUUCACGACCUCUUGCAUGCAGUGCUUCUACUGCGACAAAGGCUACUCAUCCCGUUGCGUCAACAGUAAGCUGUUUGGUUGUCCCGCUCUCGAUGGCGGGCAGGCCGAAUAUGUGCGUGUCCCUCACGCAGAUGGCACCUCCAUGAAGGCCCCAAGUACCAUCUCCGAUAAGGCCUUAAUCCUGAUGGCCGACAUUUUCCCAACUGGUUUCUUCGGUGCGAAGAGUGGUUUCGCCAUGCUUAAGGAUAAGGAGAGAUCGGAUGCUACUGUUGUUGUGAUCGGUUGCGGCCCAGUCGGUCUUUGUGCCAUUAUUGCCGCCCUCGAGUAUCGUCCCAAGCAUCUCUUUGCCAUUGACAGUGUCGAUGGUCGCCUGGAUUUGGCCAAAAACUUGGGCGCGGAGCCCUUGAACUUCAUGACAGACCGUGCCGGAAUGGAGAAGCAGAUCAAGGAGGUGACGGACGGUCGUGGAGCUGAUGUUGUCAUCGAGGUUGUUGGCCUCUCCCCUGCACUGAGGACGGCAUACGAUGUGGUCAGACCAUUUGGCGUGAUCAGCAGCAUUGGCGUCCACAACGCUGAGAUACCGUGGAACGGAGAUGAGGCGUAUAGCAAGAACCUGCGGGUCCAGAUGGGGCGCUGCCCCGUGCGAUCCAUCUUCCCAGAGGCUCUCGCCUUGCUGGAGAAGAAGCAAGACAAAGUUGGGUUCAUGUUCGACCGCAUCAUGCCUUUGAGCGAUGCUGUUGAGGGAUAUGCGCUAUUCGACCAGAUGAAGGUCCAGAAGGUAAUCUUCACGCCGUGA